AUGGCUUGUGGCAGCGGGAGGGUCACCAUCCAGCUGGUGGAUGAGGAGGCAGGGCCUGGAACCAGGGGCCCAAAGCCCUUUCGGGGCCAGAGCUACGAGGCAAUCCGAGUGGGCUGCCUGGAUGAGGGGGUUCUCUUCUGCGAUCCCUACUUCCCUGCUGGGCCUGAUGCCCUUGGCUAUGACAAGCUGGGCCCGGACUCGGAGAAGACCAAAGGGGUGAAAUGGAUGCGGCCCCAUGAGUUUUGUGCUGAGCCCCAGUUCAUCUGUGAGGACAUGCGCCGGACAGACGUGUGUCAGGGUAGCCUGGGUAACUGCUGGUUCCUCGCGGCCGCGGCCUCCCUCACUCUGUACCCCCGACUCCUGUGCCGGGUGGUCCCCCCUGGACAGGGUUUCCAGGACGGCUAUGCAGGUGCCUUCCACUUCCAGCUCUGGCAGUUCGGCCGCUGGGUGGAUGUCGUGGUGGACGACAGGCUGCCCGUGCGUGAGGGGAAGCUGAUGUUCGUGCGCUCGGACCAGCGGAACGAGUUCUGGGCCCCGCUCCUGGAGAAGGCGUACGCCAAGCUCCACGGCUCCUAUGAGGUGAUGCGAGGUGGCCACAUGAAUGAGGCUUUCGUGGACUUCACAGGCGGCGUGGGUGAGGUGCUCUACCUGAGGCAAGACAGCCCAGGCCUCUUCUCCGCCCUGCGCCAUGCCCUGGCCAAGGAGUCCCUCGUGGGUGCCACUGCCCUGAGUGAUCGGGGCGAGUACCGAACAGAAGAUGGGCUGGUGAAGGGACACGCGUAUUCAGUCACGGGCACGCACAAGGUGUCCCUGGGCUUCACCAAUGUGCGGCUGCUGCGGCUGCGGAACCCAUGGGGCCGCGUGGAGUGGACUGGGGCCUGGAGCGACAGUUGCCCACGCUGGGACACGCUCCCCACCGAGUGGCGAGACGCCCUGCUGGUGAAGAAAGAGGAUGGCGAGUUCUGGAUGGAGCUGCGGGACUUCCUCCGCCACUUCGACACCGUCCAGAUCUGCUCGCUGAGCCCGGAGGUGCUGGGCCCGAGCCCGGCGGGAGGCGGCUGGCACAUCCACACCUUCCACGGCCGCUGGGUGCGCGGCUUCAACUCUGGCGGGAGCCAGCCCGGCGCCGAAACCUUCUGGACCAACCCCCAGUUCCGGCUGACGCUGCUGGAGCCCGAUGAGGAGGACGAGGACGAGGAGGGGCCCUGGGGGAGCUGGGGGGCAGCAGGGGCGCGGGGCCCUGCGCAGGGGGGCCGCACCCCCAGGUGCACUGUCCUCCUGUCGCUCAUCCAGCGGAACCAGCGGCGCCUGAGGGCCCAGGGCCUCACCUACCUCACCGUGGGCUUCCACGUCUUCCAGAUCCCAGAGGAGCUGCUGGGCCUCUGGGACUCCCCGCGCAGCCGCGCGCUCCUGCCGGGCCUGCUGCGCGCCGACCGCUCGCCCUUCUGCGCGCGCCGCGACGUGAGCCGCCGCUGCCGCCUGCGCCCCGGCCACUACCUGGUGGUGCCCAGCGCUGCCCGCGCCGGCGACGAGGCCGACUUCACGCUGCGCGUCUUCUCCGAGCGCCGCCACGCCGCCCGGGAGGUCGACGACGUGAUCAGCGCCGACCUGCGCGCCCUCGCGGUCCCCUCCGUUCCCCUGGAGCUGGGGUUGGAGCAGCUGUUUCAGGAGCUGGCAGGAGAGGAGGAAGAACUCAGUGCUCCUCAGCUCCAGACCUUACUAAGCAUUGCCCUGGAGCCUGCCAGGGCCCACGCCCGGCCCCCGGCAGAGCUCGGAGUGAGGACCUGCGAGCAGCUGCUGCAGUGUUUUGGGCACGGGGGGAGCCUGGCCCUGCACCACUUCCAGCAGCUCUGGCAUCACCUCCUGGAGUGGCAGGCCACGUUCGACAGGUUCGACGAGGACGCCUCAGGAACCAUGAACUCCUACGAGCUGAGGCUGGCGCUGAAUGCGGCAGGCUUCCACCUGAACAACCAGCUGACCCAGGCCCUGACCAGCCGCUACCGGGACAGCCGCCUGUGCGUGGACUUCGAGCGCUUCGUGUCCUGUGUGGCUCAGCUCACCUGCAUCUUCCGCCACUGCAGCCAGCAGCUGGAUGGGGGCGAGGGGGUCGUGUGCCUGACCCACAGACAGUGGAUGGAGGUGGCCACCUUCUCCUAGGAUCUCCACUCAGAGCACCUGCUGCCGGAGGCCCUGCCUUUCCCCUCCCCCAGCCUGGACCAGGGUUUAUUCCGCAGGGCGGGGGAUCUGAGCACAACCACCCUCCUCCUGCCCCUCCACCUCCCUGCCUGGCUGGGGGCCGAUGCUCUGACGUUAAGCGUGGUUCAGAGCAUGGGCUCGGGUGCCAGCCUGCCUGGAGGUGAUUUCUGGCCCCGACACUCGCCAGCUGGGCGGCACUGGGCCAGUCACCACACCUCUCUGGGCUCUGCUCUCACCUGUAAACGGGAUGGCCACAGGGCCUUUGUGGUGCGGGCUACACACCAAUUACUCGCUCAGAACAGUGCCUGGCCCCGAGUGGGUUCCCGGCAGCACUCAUUUUUACACACUCAGAGAAACAGGGACUGUGCCCCCCCAGGCCCCACCUUGCUCUGGGCAGAGGUGUUCCAUCAUUGCUCUCC